CUUUGAACUAUCAACAAGUUUUGUAGGACGUUGUUGCAAUGCUAUACUACUCUACAUACUUUGCGUUCUUUGGGUUCUUGCUUCUCUUCUUCCUGGUUUUUAUCUGCGUUUUCUUAAUUCGGAAGCGAAGAGCACUCCAAGCUGAAGCGUCUCACCCUACGAAUAAUGACUUGCAAGACCCAUACGAUCUGUGCCCAGUCAACUACCCCACUCCACCCAUACCACCACAGACAUUCGACGGUCAGCGAGCCUUCUAUCAACCGCCAACGGCUGCAUAUAAUUCAGGAGCGACUAAUGAUAUCGACGAGGCCACAACGCCACCUUCUCCGCCUUCUUGCUAUGAACAUGCUAGCUCAGUGUUGGAACCAGCGCCUCCCACGUAUGAAGAAACGGUUUCUCGACCGGAAAACAGAGAGACAUCAAAUCAUAUUACCAACCCGAAUUAA